CGUAUGACUCGUUGUCUUAUGAGCUCAUGUAUAAACCACAUCUUCAGUGUGUAUGUUUUCUUCUCCCAGUAUACGGAGUACUCUAAAUAAGUGUCCGGUAUCCAAUUGGUCUGCGUCCGGCGCUUAACCCGGUAAGAGCUUUCCCCGCAAAACGUUCUUUCGAACCAGGGACCGUCCACUCCGAGGUUAUAGUAUAACCGAGCCUUGACUUGGAGCUUGGGAUGGGAUGGAAGCUCUCCAAUGUUGAAAAGCUGGCCUUGUUCCGGGCAUAGCUUAGAUACUGGAUAUACUAUUUAUGAAUACAUAUCAUUUCUUAAUGACUGCCUUAAACAUCUAGUUAUCCCGCAAGAUUCUUCGAAGAAAAGAUAUAAAAUCAGUCCAAUUAAGUACUGUAUAUACAUAUAACCAGCAGGAAUAUACCUACCUCCAUAAAUAAAACUUGCCAAUAACAAUGGAGCCCUUCACAAUCCCCAAAUCAUCCCUGGAAUCCCUCACCAACAAAACAAUCCUCAUCACAGGAGGCUCGUCAGGCAUCGGGCUCGCAACCGCCGAACUCCUCCUCUCCCUCUCCCCAACAAACAACGUCGUAAUCCUCGACCAGCAACAACCCGCACAACCAUUCGCCUCCCCGGAAACCGCCCACCGCACCCAUUUCCACAAAUGCAACAUCGCCUCCUGGCCCGAGCAGCGCGCCGGCUUCGCCGCCGCCAUCACUCGCUUCGGCCGCAUAGAUGCCGUCUUCGUCAAUGCAGGCAUAGCCGAGUACGGCGACCAGUUCUUCCGCGAUGAGCUGGAGGGGACGAAGGGCGGGUUGGAGAGGUUUCGGAUGUUAAGGGAGCCGGAUAGGAGGGUUGUAGAUGUUGAUUUGCGGGCGGCGGCGGACACGGUCAAGUUGGCGAUUUACUGGAAGAGGGUUGUGGGGAUGGAUGGGAGGAAGGGCGGGGUGGGUGCGGCGAAGCAUGCAAUUGUGGGCCUCCUCCGCUCCCUAAAGAACGACGUUGCAAAAUAUAACAUCUCCCUCUCCGUCGUUGCUCCCGCCAUCACUUUAACCCCUAUUAUCGCCAGCUCGGGACGCCGCACCACCUCUGACCCGGCCGAAUGGGCUGCCUCAAUGGCCAAAGUCGGCGUCCCUAUCAAUAAAGCUGAGAGUGUUGCUUUGGCAGUGGCACAUUUGAUAAAUAUUGGCAUGCAAGCCAAUGGGCAAGGUUUGCUAUUGCAGAAGGAUAGGAUGGUUGAUGUUGAGCGGGGGAUUGCGAGGUCGAGAGCGAUGUGGAUGGGGAAGGAGAUGUUGGAUUUGUUUAAUGGGGGGAGAAAUGGGCUUAGAGCUCAGAAUAAGAUUUGA